GAAGAAGAGGCGAUGAGUGUAACACCCCUACAGAAAAUGGGAGGUGGAAGCUUCAUAACUUGAUAUCAUUUUAAGGUUUGCAUCUGAUCAGAUAACAGGGAACAUCGGUGUAGGAACUGAUCAGCACACACAUUUUGGCCAGUUGCCAUGGUAACAGGAGGAAUGCCGAUAUUGUUAACUUUACUGCUGAGUCUUGGCAACGAUCCAUCAGCCAAAUUGAAGUCAAAGACAAUCCAGCUUAGCGAGAACGCCCACGAUUCACCGACUAAUUUCGAAACAUCGUUAGUAGCGCAAACUGAUGCCAAAGGGGAAAGAACACAAAUGGAUCCUACCCUGUUUCUCAUCAUGGAUAACUACAAAAAAUGGUAUCGGACAAAAGAGCGAGUCGAAGCUUACUUCAACCGUUUUGUAGGGCUAGAAAGAAACAAUCUUAAUUUUAACUUCCAAGUGCCCAGCAAAAAAGACCGAACAUUUACACAUUGCUUUGAAGUAUGUAAUUUCUGCAGAAAAGAAAUGCCUAGUUAUAUACAUGCACUUUGCGAGCAAGAAUGUCGCAACCCUAGAGACAUAGUGAAAGAAAAUUACUAUCUCUGCGCUGAUCGGCUUCCAUCUGUAAUACCUUAGAAAUGACAGAACAUGUGUUUUACCGCCGAAUUCUCGGAUAAAGCUAAUUCAUCCAUCAAGAUUCCAUUUUCAAACUUCAAUAUCUUGGGAAGUUUUAAGAUGUUUCGAAAGCAACGGUGACUUAAAGGGGUUAUAUUGAUAGGGACGAGUUGAGAGUAAGUUUCAAAAAAUUGUCGCUGCUUUUUGCACUCAUAAUUCCAUGCCAUGCCAAUUCUCUAAAAAGUCCAGCAGUUCUGAGUGUUUCACAAAUUGCUUUCAACAUUUUACCUCUCUAUCCCUUAUAAUUCCUCUAAAGUAUCAGUAUGCUGAAACUGUUCAAUAUAUCAAACAUUCUGAUACUAUAUAACGAAUCUACAAUGAAGCGUGCAAUGCUUACACGAUUCUCAGCAAGACUUUUAUAACUAUAGCAGUAAUAAUUAUAUAAUUAAUAAAAUUGCUAGUUGUUUUCUAUGGUGAAAAUGACAGAACAUAGCUAGAGCACCUGUUAACCUAACAAUAAUAUCUUGAAUUAUCAGAAAGAUAAUUAUACCAUUUGUAGUAAUCCGUUCUUUUCUCGGAAUCGUGACUUGCAUGUUUCAUGAUUUUAAGAUUCAACUUAUUAAUUAUCAUGCAUUAAGUUAUGAUAAAUAAUGUCAUCUCAUUUUCUUUACAGUUCUGAGAUGGCGUGGUAUUUUAAAUGUGAUUGAAUAUAAAUAAAAAAAAAACUUAGGGGUGAUAUCACAUUUUGAUUCGCAAGGUUUUGGUUG